GCAUUGGACUAUGCAACUUUAGGUUAGCUCAUUGAUCUUUAGUCGACUGCGACUCUGCGAGUCAUAAGUGGUGCUCCUUUCCAUAUGGCAUUGGAAUAUGCAACUUUAGGUUGGCUCAUUGAUCUUUAGUUGACUGCUACUCUGUGAGUGGUAAGUCGACAAAUUAUAUGUUUUUAUUAAAGAACAAAUGAAAAAACAAAUUUUAGUAUAUAAAAUUUGAAGGUAUGCAAAUUCAAUCCACCAACUACAACUUAAGUAAAUGUUAAAGACUUAGUAGUCGUUUAAUCAUCCAUAUGUAAUGUGAAUAUUAAUAAAAAUUUAAUGUGGUCAGCUAUAAGAAUUAAUAGACAAGAUAUACAAUGAGAUUUGUGAUUAAAAAAGUUGAAAACAAAGCUGACGGUACGAUAUUCAAUCGAUUUUAUAAUCGAACUUGACUUUAAGCCGACACUGAAUAAUGUUAAAAGUUAAAAUUAUAUAAAAAUCUAUGUGAAAUAAACUUUGAUAUUAAACUAACUAUGACCUGAAUAAAUAUCUUUUAUUUAAAACAAAUUGAAGAAGUCAAACUAUCAAAGACAAAAAAGCCAAUUUACACUCAUAUAUUAGUCGUAGGUUUGACUAUCAUCCACAUUCUCAAGCUCAGCCAUGGCUGAACCAUUCAAGAACUCAAAUUUUCCAUAUCAAAACCCACUUAAACAACCCCAUCAAAAACCCAUUUCACCAUUAAUAUUCCUUCUACUCCUCUCGUACUUUCUCCCCUCUUUCUCUCUUCUUCCAGUUCCACCUCCUCUUCCACUCUUACCCAUUCCGACUUCCAAUCAACUUUCAUGGCAACUCUCAGAAAUGUCCUUAUUCCUUCACUUUGGACCCAACACUUUCACUGAUUCCGAAUGGGGUGAUGGAAAGGCCGAUCCUUCUGUUUUCUUUCCAUCCAAUUUGGAUCCCAAACAAUGGGUUAAUGUAGCAAAAUCUACUGGGUUUAAAAGGGUUAUUUUGACUGCAAAACAUCAUGAUGGUUUCUGUCUUUGGCCAUCAUUGUUUACUGAUUAUUCGGUGAAAUCGAGUAAUUGGAGAAAUGGUUAUGGUGAUGUGGUGGGUGAAUUAGCUGAAGCUGCUAAAGAAGUUGGGAUUCAAUUGGGUUUGUAUUUAUCUCCUUGGGAUCGCCAUGAAAAAUGUUAUGGAAAUACUUUGAAGUAUAAUGAGUUUUAUUUGGCCCAGAUGACUGAAUUGCUUACUAGAUAUGGAGAGAUCAAUGAGGUAUGGUUGGAUGGUGCCAAAGGGGAGGGGGAGAAGGAUAUGGAAUAUUUCUUUGACAUCUGGUUUGAUCUAAUUCAUCAAUUACAAUCAAAAGCAGUUAUCUUUUCUGAUGCUGGACCGGAUGUCCGGUGGGUCGGAGAUGAAGCUGGUGUUGCUGGAUCCACUUGCUGGUCGUCUUUUAAUCGGAGUGCUGCAAAGAUUGGCGGCACUGAUGCUCAGUACUCGCGUGGAGGUGACCAACAUGGGCAUGAUUGGGUGCCUGCCGAAUGUGACGUCUCCGUCAGACCUGGUUGGUUUUGGCAUGCAUCAGAAUCACCGAAAUCUGCCAUUACUCUUCUCGACAUCUACUACAAAUCAGUCGGCAGGAACUGUCUUUUGCUGCUGAAUGUUCCCCCUAAUUCCUCCGGUCUUAUAUCUGAUGAAGAUAUAAAAGUGCUUCAAGAAUUUUCUGAGCUUCGGAACUCCAUAUUUUCCAAUAACCUAGCUAAGCAUGCCAUCGUGACUGCCAGCAGUACACGAGGAGGACGUAACUCUCCGUUUGACGCCUCCCAAGUUACCGAAGAAAGUAUUUAUACAUAUUGGGCUCCGGAAAAAGAUCAAGCUUGUUGGGUAUUGUACAUACACUUGACGCAAAAAAUGGCGUUCAAUGUAGUGCUGCUUCGAGAACCGAUACAACUGGGCCAACGGGUUAUAGUUUUUCAUUUAGACAUUAUGAAAGACACGUUAGAAUGGCAGAAUAUUUGUAAUGGGACGACUAUCGGAUACAAGAGACUGUUACAGUUUCCGAGAGUGGAAUCUCAGUACAUGAGGUUGGUCAUCGAGAAAGCUCGUGGCGAUCCUCUUAUUUCAUUUGUUGGGGUUCAUAUGGAUCCUUAUAUAACUUUAACAAGCCUACCUCAUACAACCGAAAAGACGCCAUCAAAGGGAGCCAAGUACUUGAGCAAAUUGAAGACUAUUUUCGGUUGAUGUCUCUCAGAUCUCAAGUAUAGAUACGUCUUGAACGAGGGAGCUCUAGGAAUUUGGUGGAUGCAUUCGACCUCGGUAUGAUCUUGUACUAUAAUAUUUGUAUGGAUUGGUUGUACUUGUACUAUAAUAUUUGUAUCAUGAGAAACUCUCAAGUGUGUUCCUUGUUAUAGGUUUCGGGUUAUAAUGAACCGUAUUAAAAUUGCAAAUGGUGUUUGAUAUGAUAUCAUCAUAUAGAGUUGAUGUUCAUUCUCAAGGAAGUUUUUUACAAUUACAGGGUAGGCUGAUGGGAAUGGGAAGGGAAAGAUAGACGAGAAUCGAACUAAAAACUAAAAGCAAUAUCUGAGACAUGACUAUUCUAGAGAAGUUAAAGAUAUAUGAUUAUUUGAUUAUACAAUAGACUAGUCAAACAUAACAUGAAUUUGGGCUAAACCAAUUUAGCAUUUUUCAACCUAUUUUUAGAGUUUU